AUGACCAGCUUGACAACGGCCGCCGUGCUGGUCUUGGGCUCCUGCUUGGCCGCAGCGUUUCCCACGCCACCGUCAUCGCAAGCACCCAUUACCGUACAGGACCACACGCAAGGCUACAAAUUCGACGAGCUCCUCCACCUGCCAGGCAUCUCGCCUUACUUUGACGCUGUUGGGUUUGGACUCGAGCACACGGCGCCCGUAGGCUGCAAGGUGACGGCGGCGUCGUACCUCAUCCGGCACGCGGCCAUCUACUCCAACGACGACGAGUACGAAGAAUACAUCAAACCGUUCCUGUACAAACUCGAGCAGAACCGCACGGGAUGGUCGGGCCCGCUGGAAUUCAUGUCUACCUGGGUCUCUCCCAUCCCGGAAGACAAGCUCGAGCAAGUGACGCCGUCCGGCAAGGAGGACGCGAAGAAGGUGGGCGCGCACCUGGUCAAGCGGUACCCUGACCUCGCGCCCACGGUCAAGCGAGUCCUGGCGGACAAGAAGUCACGGACGUACGACACGGCCGAGGCGCUGGUCCAGGCAUUCCCCCGGAACCCGGAGGACAUCGAGGUCGUGCGCAUCACGCAGAACAAGAACGGCAGCAUGGACUCGUUGAUCCCGCACAAGUCGUGCUCGGCCUUCAGCAAGGAGCCCGGCACCAGGGAAAUGGCCGAGUUCGUGUCGCACUAUGCCGCCCACGUCUCGGGCCGGCUGGCUCAGUUCACACCGUUCGAGCUGACGGACAACGACGUCGUCGGCCUCCAGGGCCUGUGCGGGUACGAGUCCGCCAUCAACGGCGAGCGAAGUCCACUGUGCGCCGUCUUUACCGACGCAGAGUGGAUGUCGUACGAGUACGCGUGGGACCUCAAGUACGCGCACAUGGUCGGCCCCCUGAACCCCCUGUCGCCAUACCUGGGCUUCCCGUGGCUCAAGGCCCAGAGCGAAUUGUUCCAACAACUCGACGGCACGGAAGGGGACGGCAGCUCAGGCUGGCCCCCUGAACAACAGCUGUUCUUGAGCUUUACGCACCGCGAAGUGCCACCCUUUGUGGCCACCGCGCUGGGCAUCUUCAACUCCUCGUCCUCUGCCGUCGAGCAGUUCCCAACUGAUCACGUCAACUGGGUCCGCGCGUGGCGCAUGAGUGAUCUCAUCCCGUUCCUCGGCCAUGUGGGAAUGGAGAAGAUGACAUGCAGCGGCAGACCUGGUCGAGACGGUGAAUACAUUCGCGUCAUCGCCAAUACGGCGCCUAGGCCGAUACCGUCGUGCCAGGACGGACCUGGCGCGAGUUGUCCCUUGAGCGAGUGGGUGAAGAUCAUCGCUGCCGGGGCUGAAGAGUUUAAGGAUUACGCUGAGGUGUGUAAAAAAGAGAAGAAGGAGAAUACUGCUUAG